CCCUCCUCUCCCUAGCCACCCUCCACGUUUCAUGAACCAAAGAUUCCUUUUCUCCUCAGACCUCUAUGAACAUAAGUUUAUCAACUGUCGGUUUAUCAACUCCACCUUUCUGGAGCAGAAGGAGGGCUGCCACAUGGACUUUGAGCAAGACAAUGACUUCCUGAUUUACCUCGUCAGCUUCCUCGGCAGCCUGUCUGUCUUGCCUGGGAACAUCAUUUCAGCCCUGCUCAUGGAUAGAAUAGGAAGGCUGAAGAUGAUUGGUGGCUCUAUGCUAAUCUCGGCAGUCUGCUGCUUCUUCCUGUUUUUUGGCAACAGCGAGUCUGCGAUGAUUGGCUGGCAGUGCCUGUUUUGUGGGACCAGCAUUGCUGCCUGGAAUGCUCUGGAUGUGAUUACGGUGGAGCUGUAUCCUACCAACCAGAGGGCAACAGCCUUUGGCAUCCUCAAUGGGUUAUGCAAAUUUGGCGCCAUCUUGGGAAACACCAUCUUCUCUUCUUUUGUUGGGAUAACCAAAGUUGUUCCCAUCCUUCUGGCUGCUUCUUCCAUGGUGGGAGGUGGCCUGAUUGCCCUUCGACUGCCAGAGACUCGAGAACAAGUCCUGAUGUAAACGACCUAAGGAGAAAGGAAAGAUCUGAAGAACCUUGUCCAGGAUACCUUAAAGACACUUCUUGUCUGUCACUGUCCAGAGGAGACCUUGGAUAGC